AAAGAAAUGAAUUAAAAAAGACAAUAGCAAUUUAAGAAUGCAUAUGAGAGAGUGUAAGAGAUAAAAAAAAAGAUUCAGAAGAAUUAAAUUCAAUAACCACGAUUCCCUUGGCAACCAAUGUAAAUAAAGUGUAAUAAAUAAAGGUUUCUUCUUUAUAAAAUGUUUAUGGACUUGAAUUCUAUGCAAAUACCUAUAACAAUCCCAACAAAUUUGAAAAUAGUGAAGGCAAGAAAGCCAAAAAAUUGGUUUGAUGACAUUCCAAUAUUAGUAGGAGUUGAUGAAAUUGCAUAGUCAGAGUAAAAAUAUAAUAAAUAAAGAAUAGAAAAUGUGCUGUAUGUUUAGAAGAUAUAAAUGACUAAAAUUUAAUAAAAAUUUUAAAAUGCAAUCAUUAUUUCCACAAUGAAUGCAUAAAAGAAUGGUUGAUAAUAAAAGCAGAGUGUCCAACUUGUAGAGAUAAAAUUCAUUAAUAUUGAUUAAUUAACUUAGUAU